GUUAGUCGAAACCCCUGACAGCAACGGCGUGUUAAUUAAUAUCUGGCUAAUGCGGUCCGGAAUCAAAGCUCACUUUUUCCCAUCUACCACUUAGAAUCCAUCGCGAUUCGGGAGAAAUCCAUGCGUGUCCACGUUUAGAAAGUAGAUCUUCGACUCAUUUAGACCCACGAGCCGAGAAGCUGCCGCGAGCCAAGAUGGGACAAGAGUAUCAAUCUAUUACAAGCAUGGAAUACGGCAAGAAAAUGCCAUCCGUCUUCUUUCCCAUACCCCUCCGUUUAUUACCAGAUCUAGUAGAUCCGGCGGCUACAUGACACCAUGGUACUGAGAUGUUUAACGUAGCAGAGGGCAUUGUGGGCCCGGAUGUCUUCGCCGGAGAUGACAUGCUUGUCAGACGGAUCAUAUAAGACUUGCAAGAAGCGCCCAAUACUUUAUGUGUGCACGAAGGACCCUUGCGGCUACUUGAUAUAUUUCAAGUCCAACUAUCAACAAUGCGGUCUUGGAUUCUUUCUGCGAUAGUCGCAGCGUCAUCCGCGGCAGCGGACAACACGCUCGACUGGGGGGUCGCUUACGGAAAAGCUCAUUCUGCAUUGUCGACCCUAACACAGGAUGAAAAGGUCGCUAUCGUCACUGGUGUAGGUUGGAACAAGGGACCAUGUGUCGGCAACACAGCAGCAGUUAGCUCCAUCAAAUAUCCUCAAUUGUGCUUACAAGACGGACCACUUGGUGCUCGAUAUGCAACAAGCGUCAAUGCCUUCGUCCCGGGUAUUCAGGUUGCCGCGACUUGGGAUCGAGCCUUGUUAAGACAACGAGGUCAAUUCAUGGGCGAGGAAUUCAAGGGACUUGGUAUUCACGUAUUGCUUGGGCCGGUCUCUGGUCCUUUCGGUAAAGUCCCUCAUGGCGGGCGAAACUGGGAAGGAUUUGGUCCUGAUCCCUACCUGCAGGGAAUUGCAAUGGCAGAAACCAUCGAGGGUAUUCAAAGUACCGGUGUCCAGGCGAAUGCGAAACAUUAUAUCCUUAACGAACAAGAGCUUAACCGUGAGACGAUAAGCUCGAAUGUGGAUGACCGAACGAUGCAUGAAUUGUAUCUUUGGCCUUUCGCAGAUUCGGUCCAUGCCAAUGUCGCGUCUGUUAUGUGCUCCUAUAAUAAGAUCAACAGCACCUGGGUGUGCGAAAACGACAACGCCUUAAACAAGCUUCUGAAAAAAGAAUUAGGCUUCCAAGGAUAUGUCAUGACGGAUUGGAAUGCACAGCACUCCACCGUAGCAUCUGCGGUUUCUGGACUGGAUAUGACUAUGCCUGGCUCUGACUUUGACGGCGGUUCUAUUUACUGGGGUUCCAAGUUGACCGCUGCUUUGAAUGCGGGACAACUAGUAAAGGAUCGUCUCGACGAUAUGGUUCGACGAAUCUUAGCCGCGUGGUAUCUACUUGGUCAGGACGGCGAGUACCCCGCGAUCAACCUCAAGGCGAAUGUGCAGGGAAACCACAAGACCAACGUCCGCGCUACGGCGAGAGAUGGUAUCGUUCUCCUGAAGAAUGAAGGGAACAUUCUUCCCUUGAAAAAGCCCACCAAGCUUGGAUUAGUCGGAUCUGCUGCAGUUGUCAAUCCCCAAGGCAUGAACUCUUGUACUGACCAAGGAUGCAAUACUGGUGCUCUUGGAAUGGGUUGGGGUUCCGGCACUGCUUCUUAUCCGUAUUUCAGCGCUCCCGCCGACGCUAUCAAGACUCGAGCUCAGACAGAUGGAACCCAGAUUAGUUUAUCCGCAUCCGACAGCACCAGUUCCGUAAGUUCGGCUGUCAGCGGCGCCGAUGCUGCGAUUGUAUUCGUCACUUCCGACAGUGGUGAAGGUUAUAUCACGGUAGAGAACAACGUGGGUGAUCGCAACAACUUGGAUCCCUGGCACAACGGCAACGAUCUCGUCAAGGCUGUUGCUGCGGCGAGCGAUAACGUUAUUGUGGUUGUACACUCCGUGGGUCCUGUUAUCCUCGAGACGAUUCUUGCCCAACCCAACGUCAAAGCAAUUGUAUGGGCUGGUCUUCCAUCCCAAGAGAAUGGGAAUGCUCUCGUUGAUGUCCUUUACGGUGACACCAACCCCAACGGAAAACUUCCUUACACCAUUGCCAAGUCCGCCAAUGACUACGGAACUAGCCCUUCCAAAACCGACGACAACUUCAAGGAAGGUCUAUAUGUUGAUUACCGAAAAUUUGACCACGAUGGUAUUGAGCCUCGUUAUGAAUUCGGUUAUGGUUUAUCAUAUACCAACUUUACCUACUCUGAUAUCUUCGUUGAUGGAAGACCUGUAUCUGGCCCUGCUACAGGAGAAAUCAUUUCUGGAGGCCCUGCUGAUCUUUGGGAAACCAUUAUAACUGUCACCGCCACCAUUAAAAACACGGGUGGAGUCAAGGGUGCCGAGGUAGCACAACUAUACGUGGGUUACCCCGAGUCCGCAUCUACACCACCAAAACAACUCCGUGGAUUUGAAAAAUUGGUCUUAGAUGCAGAUGCUUCGGAUAUUGUGGCCUUUAAUAUCAAACGACGUGAUAUCAGUGUUUGGGAUACGGCGUCGCAAGCCUGGACUGUUCCAAAGGGAACCUUUACCUUCUUCGUCGGUUCGAGUAGCCGCGAUAUUCGGUUGAAUGGUACGCUCGAAGCAGUGUAAAUUGGGGAAUUUAAAAAGACUUUGUUACGAUUCUUGCAUCUAUUCAGUACCUAGUACAUUAGUAUAUACAUGAAUUAAGAACUUACAACAGUUCUCCCUAUGGUCAGAAAUGGUUUGAGAAUUCCUGUUGGAUCGCUAAUUUAUCUAGCUGCCCAGGCAGCCAGGUACUCCCAGUCAAAUGAAGUAUAAGUUGUUUGAGCAUGUAAGCAGCCACAAUAAUCCUCUUACGCCUAGGUACGUGCCUCCAUAAGUCUGCUUAAACUCAUACCGCGAUCUGGACACGGGGGUAUCUGCUCUGGACACGUCGGGGGAGGCCUCGAUUAAUCUAUAGAAUGAAGCUAGGUCCUUUAUUUGCGCGAAACAUACUUAAGUAUCUGUGGUAUUUCGAGUGGCUGGUAAGCAUCUGUUGAUUGUAGUCGUGCAUAAUAUUGGAGAGACUUGCCCAUCUAGGUAUAUACGACUACGCCACCAAGAGUCGAGAUAAGGGCAAUAAUGUUGUAGACAGUGCAAAUAAUAGCAAGCCAUAUAUGCUAAGCAGUACCUACCUAGGUAGAUCUAGAUAGGGAAUUAGCUUCUCGUUAAACUUGCCGUAGAUCUACCUUCAUCGCCGCUAGAAUACCACUAAAGCAAGCUAAUAGC